UUGUCAAUUAUACCGGCGAAAAAAACAAGCGAAAAAUUAUUUUCAAAAAGUGCCUGUCAAAAAUCUGUUUACUUUUUUCGCCAAAAAUCAUAACUGUUUCUAUUUCUAUUUAACAAACCACGAUCCUGAUUGCAAAAUAAAACAACCAAAAAUAAAAUAAUGCGCGAUUUGCAUAAAAUUCUUAACCUUUUUGCUAAAGAAUGCGCUAUGGAUUAUUGUCCAGAAUUCGAUGCCAUCAAAUCUGUUCUAGAUUAUUGUAAUGAUAAUGUGAAAUCGCUUAACAAAGUUCGUUUCCGUGGAGGUAAUGAAGAUGUCGUCGAUGAAAUAUGCAAAAGACUUCAGGAUUACUUCCUAAAAAUGGAAUACAUUGAUGUGGAGACGAAAAAACCACUUCCCAAAGCAAACCCCAUAUUCCGUAAGAUUAUAAUGUUUUUGCUAGUCAAUACCGAUGCCACCUACAAAUACAAUCUAAAAGACGAUCCUGGACUAGCACAUGUUAUCGAAAUAUGUCCUUUGUUACCCAAAUAUCUUUUAGUUGCCAUCAUUUGGGAACUAAAUCUUGAUCAAUUCUUUUACGAAGCAUUGGCACAUUGUCCUUGUUGGUUUUCGUUUCAGUAUUAUGAAAAUGCAACAGAUUCUCUUAAACACAUUAAAGACCCUUAUGAAGUACUAAUCAAAGUGGAGAAUAUGGCAAGAGCCAUCUUCAUAAGUAUCACCAAGUCCAAAGCCCAGCAUAUUAAUUUCGUAGAUAAGAAAAUUAUUCUGGGCAAACUUUAUGACUUUACCAUGAAUCUAUUAAGACAAUUUUACACUCCAGAUGCUGAAAAGUUUAAAACUUUCAAAAAAAAUGAAUUUUUCACAUAUUCUGGCUAUGCCAUCAAUCACAUCUUGGAGAUGAUUAUCUUUGCAUUUGAUGUGUAUGAGGAAAAGAAUAAAUUAAAGCCUGAUUUUGAUGUGGAGGUUUAUGAUAUUUGCGCCUCCCUUUCAAACCAAAAUCCCACAUCCGAAGCAGAAUCACAUUCAUUGGUCAAAGAGUUCCAAUUGAAAGUUAUAACUGCUCUUCUCAAUUCCUUACAGUAUAACGUUAUGUUAGUGAAAAUCGAUGUAUUUAUGCAUUGGGUCGAGGUAGAUCUCAAUAACAAAGAAACUCUUCAAUCAGUUAUCGGUGUUAAAUCGUUUUUAGUGGGUGAGCGUAUGAUAGCCAAUCGGGAUUUUAAUCAUGAUGUUGCACAUCAGCUUAAAUCGAUUGCCAUUCGUCCCAAGACUUUGGAGGAGCAAAUUACAGAUGCAACCAUAGGUGAAAUUCUGGGCAAGUUGAGUGAACCUCUCGAAAGGCAUGUAAAAAAGGCUUGGUUCGAUGAACUCUUUAAAAAACCUGUCGCUUUAGGUAAUGAUGAAUGCCUUCAGUCGAUCAAAGAUAAUAUUAAAUUGUUCGGAUUGGAGAAUGCUAUGGAGAUUGUAGACUAUAUUGAUCUAGAGCAAAAAGUUAGAGAGCAGUCUGAAGAGGAAAUAGAAAAUGAAGACAUGGAAAUUGACUCUGCUUUGGGUCUUACGCAGAUUCUCCUUGCAGGAGUUGAGAUUUUCAAGCCUGCAGAUAUCAUAACACUUAUUAACUAUGAAGUAAAAAAAUUCGGCAAAGAUGUCAAUCGUUUUCAAGCAGAACGUUUUUCCGAAAGAGCAACUGAAUUUCUUAACAAAUUCUCAAAUAGUUUCGAUGAGCUGGGAUUUCUUUGUUUAUGUUUUGAAAAUCCCCAGGUCAUGUGGGGCAAAAUGUUUGAUGUUGCAUGUAAUUCCGAAGAACACAUUGGAAUAUUUUGCUCCAUGGUCAAGCUGAUGCGUCCUCUAUCGAAUGAUUACUUUUAUCCACUUUUGAAUAGUGCUCUCCGCGAUGAUAGAAUUCAACAGAAAUUCUUUAGCCAACUUUUGUGCAGCAUUUAUUUUGAAUUAUGCUUCGAGAGACAAACUGAUUUUUUUAAACGAUUCUUUAAUUCGAGUGUAAAUGAAAUGCUAGAUGCAGAGCGAUACACUGAUUUGAUUCCAUUGGUUAAGUGCUUGAAUUUGAUUGUAUCAAAGGGUAAUAAGGAUGUCCUACCAUUUGGAGAAGCAACAGCACCUGUUUUGCUGAUGGCGGCACAGAUAAUGGAGAAUGUUCGUUGGGAUCUGUUAACUUAUUCGAAUGAAAAAGAUGAAAUUCUUAAGGAGUGUGCACAAUUUGUACAAAAUACAAUAAAAGGUUUUCUGCCAGUGGCUAGAGAAAAAGACAAAAAAUGGAUUAAGAAAUCAAUAAGGGACUCAUACAGGCCAUUAACUCAGUACUAUUUCCAAAGAUUUUCACUAACUCCUGACCAACCACCAAAAAAAUUCGAUGAGUUCUUAAUUCCCUCAGAGACGCAUACUGCCGCCGAUGUUGAAAUGUUUCUUAUAAGUAACUUCAUCCGAUGUACUACAAAGGAAACUGAUUGGCUUGCACGAAGUGAUCGUCUUUUGCCCCACAUGUCCGAUAUGAUUUUAACACUUGGUGUCGUUGUUAAUGAAACAGAAAAUCCCAACGCAGUACUUAACUAUCGUAAUUGCAUGGUUAACUAUGCCAAUAUAGUUCAAAAGUAUCUAAUACCAGGCGUUGCUAAGGAUACAAUCAAAGUGGAACAGCUUAUUACAAAGUUGUUAAAAAUUAUUGAAUUUGCACCGGCUGCAAUAUAUGAAGAAAUGUUUAUGAACUUUGAGCGAUUACUAUUAGAAGUAAUGCAACAAUGUGAUGUACCAGUUAAUGAAACUGUUACAAACAACAUUAGAAAAAAUAUUUUGAAAAUGAAGGAUUGCAAGGGCAAGGAAUUAUUUUUACAAAAAUAUACAACACUUGUCACUGAAAAUCUGAGCUAAAUUAAAAAAUAAAAAUAUUUUGAUAUUUUUAGAUCAGAUAGCAGAAUAAGGCUGAUCUAUUAUUAAAAAUGAACUAAAAUGAGUUAACUUACAUACUUGUUAAAUUCGUAGCAAGUACAAUAAUAUUGUUUUGUAUUUGACAUUGAAAUAAUGGUUUUCACAGAUUGUGAAAAAUGUAAUUUAAAUAAUAUUUGGAUGCUAAGUAAACCUUAAAGGA